CUCUCACAAUGUAAAAAGCAUCACCGACAAACAUCAGCUUAAAAGCACCUAAGAAGGAUAUCAAUUCACGCUUAAACUUUCGACAAUACAUUACAACCCUUCAUCAUGAUCUCUUUAAAGCAAGCACUGAUUACGGCGAUGGCAGUCGUCGCCGUGGUUGCCACACCAGUCGCCAUUACCGAAACAGCCGCCUUGGCCAAAGACUCUAUUGCGGACGGUCCGGCUUUCCAAUCCCCAAAUCUUCCCAACAACAUUCUCGCGAGGGGCGGUACUGGUUGCAGCCAAGGCACAUGUCCUGAUUACAACGCCGGCGUAGACUUGAUCUAUCAGUGGACAGUUAUCCCGCAACCUGGAGUCGGGGGCGCCCCUCCCAUUCCUCUCGUUACGAUGGGAUACCACGGUCGUUGGAACCAUUGCGACAAGUGCGGCAGGGUCUCGUCAAGUGGGGACGGAUGUUUUAGCUUCACAGGUUGUGGUGUCAAGCAAGAUGUCUGCAUCGACACAAAGAACGGUCGCAUGCAUCGCAUCUACAAAGACACCGGGCGUAAGAAGUGCUGGGCAAUUAAGUACCACAAUUUGGGGGAAUGCGGCUUUGUUAAACAAACAAACAUUUGGGAGCCUACCAACGAGAUUCCAUGUAACUGGUAGGCCUAGGUUGGCCAUGCCAUAUGAACUGGUAUAGGCUGUAAGGCCCUUGAUAUCACGGAGGAUCAGCUGAGCGAAUCAGAAGGAGAGCAUGCCAGGUUGGGACAAGGAGCUGAUGACAGGAAAUGCUAAAUUGGACACAGUCGCUACUUACACUUGCGCAAAGGUGACAAAGAUAUUAUAUUCCGUGUAUUGUAGCCGCGGAAGAGCAACAAGUUAGGAG